AACGAGUACACCUAUCGUCUUUUCCGAAAGUGACAGUGAUAUGAGGAAGAUGUUAGAAUGGCAGGUCCCAAACGCAUGCAGUCGGAGAUACCUGCCAAGUUCCAGGGCAAGCGGAUUCUCGUGUACCGUAACGGGGAUGAAUAUUUCGACGGUAGGAGGCUCGUGGUAAGUGGGAGGCAAUUCCCGACCAUCGACUCCCUAUGUAGGGAGUUGACAGAGAAGUUGGAGCCGACCUUCGGCGCCGUUCAUCGCCUUCACACCCCGGAAGGAGGAUCUCUUGUCUCUUCGAUUGAAGCUGUGGAAAAUGGAGCUUCGUACGUCGCUGCUGGAUCGGCGCCCUUCAAGAGGAUCCCAGGAGGGCUGUACAUGUUGUCUGGUUCCCCACUCGUGAGACGAGAUCAGUUGACCGAUGGAGGAUACUACGUCGGGGUGCCACAAGGGCAAUCCUUCAAAAAGGGCAAUUAUAACACGGCUGCCACUCCGAGUUCGACGUCGCCUACCAGGAAGCAUUCCAUCGUUUCCCACUUUAGCAGGCGGUCUUCGAUGCAGCCGAUAAACGAAGCCCAGGCCGAGGAAGAGGAAACAGAGACGAAUCUCGAAGAACCCGCCAUUCCCUGGCUGUUCCCUUUGCCAUACGACCGUAACUACUACGCCGACGAAAAGUCGGAGAAGAAGCGCAGCAUCUUGUCGACGGCCGACCGGAGCAGUUCCUUGUUCAAGGCCAGAGAGACAGAAGCGGACGAUGCAGCGGAAGUUCCCAACUCCACCAAGAUGCAGGUGGAAUUGGACUUCGAAAACCUGGACCCGGAAGUGGAAGAGCUGGCAGCCGAGGCUUGA